AUGAGACCGCCGGGUUUUCAGCCAGCAGCAGCUGCGGCGGCUGACGCUUUGCCAGCUGCUCCUGAUGGACAGCAGGCCGACGAGGGCGAGGAGGAGGCUCGCCCGAGGGUGCUGAAGGCACCUCAUGAGCCCUCUCAGAAGGAGAUCGCCGAGCACGAGGCGAUGGGACACGCGACUUACCGCAGCUGGUGUCGCGUGUGCAUUGCGGCAAAGGGCCAAGGCCAGCCGCAUCUCCGCGCACCGGAGGACGACGAGACGGCGGUGCCGGUGGUCUCGUCCGAUUACGCCUUCAUGGGCCAGGACGACGCGGACACCAUGCCGAUGCUGGUCCUUCGGGAUCGACGUUCGAAGAUGAUGGCAGCGACAUUCGUGGAGAAGAAGGGCGACGACGCCUACGCCAUCAAGUUCUUCGCACGCUUCUUACGGAUCCUGGGCUACAGGAAGAUCGUCAACAAGUCCGACGGCGAGCCAGCGAUCCUGCUGGUCAAGAGGCGUGCGGUGGAGGAGGUUCCUGGCCUCGAGGCCAUUCCCCAGGAGUCGGCACCGGCCGACCAUCAGGCCAAUGGGGAGAUCGAGGUCACGGUGCGCGAGAUCAAGAAGCAGGUGCGAGCGCUCAAGAUGGACCUGGAGUCCAAGCUGGGCGUCAAGGUGGAGGACAAGCACCCAGUGCUAGCGCACCUGCCGGAGCACGCCGCAUCGGUGAUCAACCGAUACAGGCGCGGCCAGGACGGCAAGACCGCUCUUCAGCGGCUCACGGGACGGCAGUGGAGGAAGCCGGUCCCGCUCUUCGGCGAGCGCCUGAUGGUGCGGUUCGCCGGGGAGCGCACGAGGAAGAACGCGCUGGAGGAACAGAUGGUGGAGGCCCGCUACAUUGGCCACCACCCGCGCGACGGCUCGAUGAUGGUCAUCACGAGCGACGGUGUGAAGAAGGCGGUCGGCUUUCGCAGCCUGCCGCAGAGCGAGAAGUGGAUCACGGCGGGCUGGGACAGCCUGAAGGGCCUGCCGUGGGACGUGGCUCCGCGCGCGGCCAGUGCGCCGCGAGCCAUCGUCGGACCGGGAGAGGCCGGUCCGCCACCGAUUGUGGUGGCGCCGCCGCAGCCGCAGGCGCCGAGGAGGAUGUACGUUCUCAAGGCGGACGUCGAGCGGCUGGGCGCAACGCCGGGAUGCCCAGGGUGCGUCUCGAUCGCCAAGCACGGCAAGGUGCUGGCUGGCCAUGCGCACAACGCGGUGUGCAGCAAGAGAAUCUUCGAAGCGCUGGACGCUGAGGAGGCAGGCCGGGAGAGGACCGGCCAGUAUCGAGAGCGGAGGCAGGGCCAAGAGGCCAGAGAUGUCGACAUGACCGCGACCAGGUCGCGGCUGAAGCGCUUGGCGGAGGUGGCCCCGGAUGACGUGCCGGAGGCCCUCGAGCGCGGCGAUCCACAGCCGGCAGACGUGCCGGUACCGGUGGACAUGGAGGACCUCGCGGCGCAGCCGGCGCCAGCGGAAGGACCUCAGCUGCCAGCUGGAGUGGCAGUCGUGUGGAACGCCAGCGAGGGGAGACACAUGCGGGUGCUCGCUCUCGACGUGGCGUCAAUCGAGCUGGUCGAGCUCGGAGUGCUGACGAGAGCGAAGGCGGAGUUGCUUCCGCUCGUUCGUGAACAGGUCAGCGGCCACUGGGCCAGUGUCGGCGUGGACAUCGCCGACGAGGAGGUGGACAGCAUCGCCUUAUCGGCGUUGCAGCUGGGCGCCGUGGACGUGGCAGAGGUGCACUCGCCGCAUCGGUUCUCGGCGCGAGCGGCGGAGUUCCAGCUGCGCCCGGGCUUCGCGGCGGACCUGGAGGAACUCAAGGAGGACGGGACGCCGUGGGACUUGCGGCGACCCGAGGACAUCAAGGAGCUCGAGGAGCUGCAGGAGCGGAUGGAUCCCAUCCUGCUUACGGGGUCCCCUCCAUGCGAGAAGUUCAGCUUGCUGAGGGGCCUGAGCGCCAAGUUCAGGACCGAUGAGCAGGAGGCGGCUGAGAUGGAGGAGGCCAGACACCACCUGAAGGUGGCAGUCGACGCCUACUGGCGUCAGCUCAGGAAACCAGGCAGGUACUUCCUGCAUGAGCAUCCCUGGAGCGCGCGAUCGUGGGAUGAGGACAUCGUCAAGGAGCUGGUCGCGCAUCCAGGAGUCUUCACGGUCAAAGGCCCCAUGUGUCGGUGGGGCAUGAAGCUCACGAACCCACGCAGUGGCCAGGAGGAGUUCGUGCGCAAGGAGACCGGGUGGGUCACCAACCACCCAGGCUUGGCUCGGAGACUGCAGGGCACUUGCAGCAAUGUGGACGGACGCGCGGAGUGGCAUCGCCACAUCACGCUCGUGGGCGGCAUCGCGCGGUUCGCGAAGGUCUAUCCACCGAAGUUGGUGGAGGCGGUGCUGGAGGAGCUCAAGGACACGCUGAACGACGUGGGGGAGCUCAGCACCGCCCAGGUGCAGCAGUCGGGCCCAGUCCCUGUGGACGCGGCGGUGCCGCCCGGGGACUGGACGAGCUACUGGGACGACGUCAACGGCGGCUACCUGGAGGCAGGCCUUGUGGCCCAGGCUCGCGCGGUCGAGCGCGAGUGGGUCAAGAAGCAGGAGCUGAUCGAGAUCGAGUCGCUUCGCAAGAAGGGCAGGAAGCCGGGCAACUUCAAGAUCGGCUUCUUCGACAUCAGCAGGGCGCACUUCUACGGGAAGGCGCAGCGGAGGAUCUUCGUGGAGCUGGAGGAGGAGAGUCGCAAGGAGCACGGCGAGGACAAGUGUGGCUUACUCCUCAAGUCCUGGUACGGCACGCAGGACGCCAGCAAGAUCUGGCAGGGCGACUACACGGAGCUGUUGGAGGAACACGGCUACAAGGCGGGCAUGUCAUGCCCAGCGGUCUUCUACAAGGAGGUGGACGAGACAAGGCUGCUGGGGCACGGCGACGACUUCGCGGUGCUGGCUCAGCAGCAGGACACCGACAGCUUCGAGGCCACGUUGGGCAAGAAGUACGAGUUCAAGAAGACUGCGAACCUCGGCUUCGACGAGGGCGACGACAAGCAGGCGAUCUUCCUGAAUCGGGUCAUCGAAGUCAGUGCGGGAGUUCCGCCUGGCGGUGGCCGGCCCUGCCGGCAUGCGAUGAUUGAGCCGGACAAGCGGCGCGCAGAGAUCGUGAUCGACGAGCUGGGUCUCAGCAAGGCCAACGGCGUAGACACGCCGAUGGAGAAGCGCAGCGCCGACAAGCAGAUGAUGGACGCGAAGUCGGCGGCGCUGGGAACGGCGGAAGCUUCGCGCUUCCGAUCCCUCACCAUGAGGGUAGCCUACCUGUCUCAGGACAGGCUGGACUUGGCAGAGGCAUCGAAGACGCUCGCCAGGUCCAUGCAGACGCCGACGGAGGCGAGUUGGCUCAUGCUCAAGAGGGUCGGCCGCUACCUUAAGCGGCAUCCCAGUACGGUGACGGUCUUCACGGAGCAGAAGAUGUUCGACAAGAUCCGGGUGUACGUGGACUCCGAUCAUGCGGGCUGUGCAGUCACUCGGAAAAGUACGGGAGGCUUCGUGGCGAUGCUGGGGCAUCACGUCAUCAAGCACGGCAGCAAUCUGCAGUCGACGGUCUCUCUGAGCAGUGGGGAGAGCGAGUACUACGCCCUGGUCAAGGGCGGGAGCGUGGGCCUGGGUCUACACAGCCUCUUCGCAGACUGGGGGCUGGACCUGAAGGUGGAGCUCGCCUCAGACUCAUCGGCGGCCCGGGGCCACGUCCAACGGCGAGGUCUCGGGAAGAUGCGACAUGUUCAAUCCCGAUACCUGUGGAUCCAGGAGCGCGUGGGCAAGGGCGACCUCUCGAUCGCCGCGGUUCCUGGUAAGAACAAUGUCGCGGACGUGCUGACCAAGAGC